AUGUGGCCUCUCGACUUGCCAAAUGAGAUCCUUGUGGAUAUCGCGGAUCAUCUCGACUCGCUGGCAGAUUUCAAUGCCCUCGCCCGAACAGAUCGCCGUUGCUAUCGUGCCUUGAACCGGCACCUCUAUCAUCUAGCUGACCCUUAUUUUGAACCAAUUUGGGCCGUCGAGCAUGGACGAGUGGCAACAUUGAGGCAUUUCAUCGAUGCAGGGCACAUUUCUACCGCUUAUUUCGCCGAGAGUCUUCUCAGGACUGGCGCAUCCAAGGGACACCUCGAAGUCGUUAAGCUCUUUAUUGAUUACGGAGAGAAAUUUCACGGUGAUAGAGAUUUUCAUUUCCAAAAUGCGCUCGGUGCAGCGAUCAAAGGGAGUCAUCUUGAGGUGAUGGAGAUUUUGCUCGGCAAUGGAGCGGACCUGGGCGCUCCGUUUGAGGAUGGGAAUAAUCCAUUUUAUCUGGCAAUUGAGAGCGACAGUGGACCGAUAAUCAAGUUUCUUUCUCGCCAUGGCAUCGAUUUCUUUCAACUUGGCCCCAAUAAAUCUACUGCUUUACAUAUCGCAACCAACAAUCGGAAGCUGAAUGCCGUGGAAGCACUGUUGCAGUGUGGUCUCGAUCCGAAUGCCGUUGACGGCUACGGGAACACACCCAUCCAUGAUCUGGGCUGCUUUGACUACCCUGUCAGCAGACACGGGCCGGAUGGAAAUUGGGGUCCACUCCAUAAGAAAACACUGAGUCAAGUGUUAUUGAAAUAUGGCGCCGACCCUUACUUGAAGGAUGAGUAUGGUCUCAUGCCUCUAUGGCUUGCCUCAUAUGCGGGUAUGAAACAUGAGGUCAAGACUCUCUUGGAACACGGAGUGGACUCCAAUGGGUUGGAUCGUGAGGGUAAUUCACAAGUUCCUCUACCACUCGAAGACUUCGAACAAAUCACAAGUCAAAGGAGAAGAGUAUCCGCCCCCAAUGGAGCAGAAAACGGCGAAAGAAACUGCAGCACUCCACUAUGUAUUGCUGCUUAUUAUGGCGGUUAUGGUACGCUUGACCAACUGCUGAAAUAUGGAGCCAAUCCAAACCGGAUGGAUCCUACCGGAGAGUUGCCGCUUCAACUGGCUGUGUUAUCGAAGAUGUACAGCUCGGUGAAGCUGCUUACCGAAUAUGGCGCUUCUCUGGAUGCUAAGGAUUGUCAUGGUAAGACUGCACUUGAAUGGGCCGUGGUGCUAGGCGGCCAUGAAAUCGUGGAUAUCCUUUUCAAAGCGGGCGCCAGUAUCGACAGUGCGGGCUCAGGCAGCAUUGAUCCAAUAUUCCGUGCAUUGGAGUAUGGCCACUCUAAUUCUGGACGGAAUGCGCUUCUUCCAUCGGAUGGGAGUUUUCAGGGUGUACGUGUUCCUGGUGUACGUGUUGCCAGGACCGUGGCGAACCUCACGAGUGCGAGCGCGUGA